AUGUUUCGCGCUCACAGUCGCACCCCGCCCACGCCCCGUGCUGACUGGCCGGCCCGGCUGCCAAUCAAGCGCAAGCCCCGCGCUCCUCCCACCUGCGCCGGGGCGGGAGCGGGAUCCAGAACCAGCGCGCGCACAGCUGCGACCAACCCCCCUCCCCCACUGCGCCUUCCUAUUGGGCCGCGACUCCGCCCGCGCCUCGGCCCCGCCCGGGAGGCCGAGCUCAAGGAAGGGGGCGGAGCCGAGCUAUUCACCCCCUCCGCCAGCCCAGGCAGCCUGCUCGGGCUGCACGGUCUGCACGCGGCAGCCAUGAAGAGUGUGCUGCUCCCCGUCCUGGCUCUCUGGGUGGGGUGCUGCCCUGGAGGGGCCCUGGCCAAGCAGGGGCUGAGCCUGAGAGAGCCCAGGGCCCGGCCAUCCUCCUCGGCUUUGCCCACCCUGCAGCCGCUGCCGCCCAGCCCGCCGGGGCCCCCUGAUGGUCAAGUUCGGCCCAUCCCCGAGAGCGACGGCCUGGACAAGCCUGAGGACAGGCAGCUGGACGGAUCACAGUCGCAGCUCACCUCCAAGGAGGGAGCCCACAGAGCCCCCACCCGGUUCCCAGCCCCCAGCUGGAAGGCCCCUGCCAGGCCAAGGCUGGCCCAGAGGAAGGCGACACCAUCAGCUGCCUGGGAGCAGGAGAGGGGUCCCAACAACAGGGCAGGCACCGUGCAGGUCGAUCCCCAGGCCACAGCAGCAACUGGGGCUGGGGCAGCGAGGCCCAAAGCUGCCAAGCUCAGGCCCUUGCAGACCAGCAGGGCUCCCCGAGCACAGGAAGGGGCAGUGGCCACCGAGGAGGGCCAUGACAGGAAGGCAGGAGGCUGGGAAGCCAGGGAAAGGGGCCCAAAGCCCGGGAGGCCCCCCAAAGGGGCCUCCCACCAACCUGGCCUGGGCAGCUGGCAUCAAAAGAAGGUUCAAAGCCAAGGCCAAGGUGGCAGCCACACCUCAGAGACUACAGGUCAUGGGCGGAAAAGGCCUGGAAGCAAGCGAGGACACAGCCAUGGUUUUGCAGACCUGGGCACUGCGGAACAGCCCACGCCGUCCCUGCCAGCCUCCUGCCUCCGGGCCCAGGCGGCCAUUGCCUGUGGCAACGUCAAGAUGAAGCAUGUCCCUGCCCUGUCCGACCCCGGCCUGACCACGCUCUACUUGGCAGAGAAUGAAAUUGCCAAGAUCCCGGCCCACACGUUCCUGGGACUGCCCAACCUGGAGUGGCUGGACUUGAGCAAGAACAAGCUGGAUGCCCGCGGCCUGCACCCUCAUGCCUUCAAGACUCUGACCAGGCUGAAGCGGCUGAACCUGGAUGGGAACUCGCUGUCCACGGUGCCGGCCUUGCCCGCCUCCUUGCAGGAGCUCAAACUCAAUGACAACCUUCUGCAGGGCCUACAGAGCAGCAGUUUUCAGGGACUCGGCCAGCUGCUGACGCUGGAGGUGGAAGGGAACCAGCUGCAUGAAGGGGACAUCUCCCCGCGGGCCUUCCAGCCCCUGCGCAGCCUGCUCUACCUGAGGCUGGGACGGAACCAGCUGCGGACCAUCCCUCCUGGCCUGCCAGCCUCUCUGCAGGAGCUGCACUUGGGCACCAACAUCAUCGAGGAGGUGACAGAGGGCGCACUGAACCGUAGCCACAGCCUCAGCGUGCUUGUACUCAGUAACAACCGGCUCCAGGAGGACCGGCUGGCACCCCGCGCUUGGAUCGAUCUUCCGAAGCUGGAGGCCCUCGACCUGUCCCACAACCAACUGGUGCACGUGCCCUCCUUCCUGCCCCGGGGCCUCCGCCACCUGACGCUGCACCACAACCGCAUCGAGCGCAUCCCCGGCUAUGUGUUUGCGCACAUGAAGCCGGGCCUGGAGCGCCUACACCUGUCUCACAACAGCCUGCGCGCCGAUGGCAUCCACGACGUGUCCUUCCUGGGCCUGCGAGCCUCCCUGGCCGAGCUGCUGCUGGACCAUAACCAGCUGCAGGCCAUCCCUCGAGGCCUCCUGGGCCUCAGGGCGCUGCAGGUGUUGCGCCUGAGUCACAACAAGAUCAGACACGUGCCCCUGAAUUCCAUCUGUGACACACGCGUGGCCCAGGACUCCAACCUCAUCUCCACGCACCUGGAGAACAACCUUAUCGACCGGCGCCGCAUCCCCCCCACUGCCUUCUCCUGCAUCCGGGCCUACCACAGUGUGGUCCUCCAGCCCCAGCAGGGGGAGGAGGAGGGGGAGGCGGAGGGUGCUUAG